AUGAUAUCACCUGUUCUCCUCGCCUGUCUCUCCCUUGUCCUCAGCGUUCUCUCCUCUCCGUUAAAUCUUGGCGCCAACAAUACUAUGAUUUUGUCUUCCAUCUCUGACGGCACAGUCUUCCUGCCGCCAGCCGACAGCACCGGCAUUAAAAACGGAAUGCUCUGUGGCAACUUCGCCACGGCCAGCAAGAACGACGUGGUCUUUAUGUUGCGCGAGUUCCGGCGCCAGUAUCCCGACGGCUCCGACGACUUAUGCGGUGCGCCAGCCAAUACGUGCACUCGUCAGACCUGCCGCAACACGAGCGGACUCUACGACAACGCCACCGAAACCAACAUUCGCUGCUCGACCAUGGCUAACUGGCUGGCCGAUAUCUGCGACGGCUGCUGCACGACGAGCGUGAUGCAGUCCAAGGGCCUCUCGGGGCAGCAGUUUAGCACGGCCGGCUGGAACGUGGUAGUGGCAUUUGCGGACUGUAACGACGAUCCUGAUGCCGACCGACCAUCUGACUUUUCGGUCUGGGGGCCCAACGGGCAGUGUCUGAACUACGGAGGACACGCAACGCUUGGGAUAAGAAGAAACAUGGAUCCCAAGCACAGCCGCCUCCGGGACUUUCCCGUCGCCUUUGUCGCCGAGACAAACGAGCAAGAGGCCAAGGACGGUGAUCCGUUCUACAGCACUGACGGGGAGUCUGACUUCAGCACGGGUGUGAACCGUGGCUCGGACAACAGUGCCAUGGUCAAGAAGUCUGUGUCGCAGCCUGCGGUUAGGGGAGCUGCCCUGACCAUCCCGCCCACGUCUGAGGAUGCCAUGGCGGCUGCCAUUGCAGCCAUGGAGUCUGGGGCCGAUAUGUUUCCCGAGAUGGCCUCGUUCCUCGCCCGCAAGAGCAUCGACCGCAACGAGGCUGCGGCCAAGAAAGCGGCCGAGCUUGCUAAGAUAGCCGUUGCCAAGCAGGCCGCCGAAGAGUCUACCCGGGCUGCUGCCAAGAAGGCGGCCCAAGCUUCGCUCGUGGCCAAGCCCUCCAUCAAUGUCUGGGGCGGAGGGAGUGACGGCAUCGAGGCUUCGCCGACGGUCGUGGAUGACGACGCUGACUGGGUCGUCUCGGACGAACGGGCUCGUGAUGCAGGCAAUGGACGCAUGAUUCAUGAGGCCACGCUCAUCCAGCGCGGCCAUAUCUCGCGCGAGACUGUGCGCACCAUGCCGGCUGCCCUGUCGGUCGAUGAGAAUGCCUAUGAUGGUGAGAGUGGUGGAGUUCCUCUCUACGCUGGCAACAAUGGCAAUUCUCGCAUUGCUGGAAACACUGGAAACGGUGGUCAUGGGGGCACUGGUGCCAACAACGACGGCCCUGCCCAUGAUUGCUAUGAGCAGUACCCUCAGUACUCGCUCCCGGCACGCUCUGGCAUUCCGGAGCCAAAGCAGCGCCGUCAGCAGCGUCUGAAGCUUCAAGAGCUUCCUGUCACGCCGCCUCCUCGCAAUAAGGGGGCUCCUCGCAUUGCCCCGCAGAAGGAGCUUCCGGAACGUCCCAAGGUUCAAAAGGUCGUGCAUCCCGAGACCAAGCCGGAGCAGAAGGUGUACCACAAUCAGGUGCGCCCUCCGGUUCAGCACGUUCAGCUGAAGAAGGUGCCUGUGAGGCAGGUGCAGGUGCAUCACGUUCAGUCCGGGCCCAAGUCGGAGAUUGUUCACCACAAGCAUCACAAGGUGCAGACCCAUGUUGAGCCCCAGACUUUUCCUCAGAUCCGUCCCCGGGUUCAGACUCCGAAGAAGUUUGCUCCCUCUGCAGAGGGUUUCCAUGACCAGAUGGAUCUUGACCACACGCCUGUUGACAACAAGGCACGUGACCACAAGGCCAUGGAACACAAAGCCAUUGAUGGUAAAGCUGCUGAUCACAUGGUCAUUGAUGACAAAGCCAACGACGUCACGGACCAUGCUCAUCAGGCUGUUGAGUCCAAGGUCAGCGAGCAAGCUGCCGACGAGAAGAAGGCUGUGCCGGCGACGACGCCGGUGAUUGACUUUGCGGACGCGCGGGCUGCCCACAUUGCGCGCUGGGUUCUCGGUGAGCGUCACCGCCACCUGGACAUGACGGACGACGGUGGUUCUGAUGGGAUCGCUGUCGGAGGCAGUGGUGGCAAGACUGGCGUUGAUCAUGGCGUCGCCGACGGGGCGACUGAGGUCACGGCCGACCGUCUGCAGUGGCCGACGCUUCUCCGUGAUCCGACGGUGAACAACGACAAGCUCCCGGCGACGGAGCCGACCGGCGCGCAGCACCAGCUCAGAAUGACCAUCCUGACCAACUUUGCUGAGCGCUGCCGCCAAGAACAUGGCAACGGGGGCGAUGAGCACCGGGACGACAACGGCUAUGCUGUCCCUCUUUGCUCGCUCUGCCUUCCGGCCGACGCUUUCACCAUGCGGCCGCAGCACGGCCACCUCUUCCUCGACAGCGUUCUGCUGCCGCUGGCUGAGGCUAUCAGCUAUGCCGAGAUGGUCGUGCAGGUCAACACGGCAUUGAUUGAGCGCGUGUUCAAAGAGGCCGGCCUGGGCGAGUCGCAUGACACGGAGCCGAUGGCCGGUCCCUGGAACAGCAUCCGCGCGAUGCCUAUCUACGAGGACUACCAGCGGGCCCUCGUGCUGGCCACGCACCGUCGUCGCCUGUUCGACGAGCUUCCGAUGACCGUCGACACCUGCGGUCUGCUCAUGAAGGGGUAUCGCAAGUGA